AUGAUGGAUAUCGAAAAUUUCUAUAGUAGCGUUAUAAAUGAUGUAAUUGAAGGCAUGAAGGAAACCUUCACUCAAGAGGGUUGUGAUCUUGAUGUACUGGAACAACUCCGGAAUCUAUGGUCAUCUAAGUUAGCUGAAACUCACGUUACAGAUCCCGAACCUUUGUCGCAGCCAAUAAUUCAAUUUGCACAACGAAUCCAACCGUCACAAUUUCCAGGUGUUUUUCGUCAACAGGCGGUUAUAGGUCAACAGAGCAUGGGAAUUAACAUUACUCGUCUACCUAUUCAACCAAAUGUGGGCGGAAUUCAUACUUUACAACCUAUUGGACGUCCAAAUGCUCCUCUGACAACUUUGUCAAUGGGAACAGGCGGACCGCCGACUGGUUUGGUUCUUAGGUCUUCUCUUUCUGAGCCUAUGUCAGGAGCUCCCCGACCGAUCAUGUUGGCUGCUGCGCUGAAUCCUCAAAAUGCCCAACAGCGAAUUGUUAAUCCCAAUGGGCAGUUUACUGGCAUCACAAUUCGAGCCCAGACUAGCAACACCGCUCAGCCCGGCCAAGCGACAAUUAUCGGACAGCCAAUGAACGGUGUUAUUCAAGGUCAGAAUGUGCAGUUUGUGCAGUUGGGUCAGCAGGCUCUCAUGCUGCCUCUUCAACUGCGUCAAUCGGCGCCAGCACAACAGGGGACCACCUCCACCGCCACCACCACCACAACUGCAACUAUCCUCCCAGGCCCCCCACCACCCCACCAUCACCACCAACAGACUAUUCAUCAGCAGCAGACUCAACAGAUGCAUAUCCAGAUGCAACCACAAAAUCAGCAUCAACAGCAUUUCCAGCAACAGCAAAUCCAGCAAAUUCAGAUUCAACAACAGCGAAUGCAACAGCAACAGAACUUCAAUAGGACUCAAGUGGACGGUGCAGGAGAUGGCGAUAGCGAUUUCAGUGACGAGGACGCGGAUGUCCUUGAGCCAUAUUCAGUAGAGACACCUCUUCGCACGGGACCCCUUAGUGUAGCCCCGGCUAGCACGCCUCGUUUGGGCGGAGGAGGAGGAGGGGGUAGCAGCGUUAGAUCAAAGCAGCCUUCCUUCAAUUAUCUCCAACAGCCUCCCUCAUCGGCUCUUGGUGUAUUGGAAGAUGAUGAUGAUACCGAUGAUGAAGGGAUGGUUGCAGCCACACCUGGCACAUUUGCACCUCCCACCGGCAUCUCUUCAUCGUUCACCCCCAACCCCACACCUAUUCCCGCUACCCCUACUCCUAAACGUCCCACUUCACCUCCUAGUCAGGUUGGAGCGGUUGUAGGCAAGCGUUCCCGUGAGGAGGACACUCUUGGAGAAGGGGAUGUGGACGUCGACUCUGAGGAGGGAGAGGGGGAUUUCGGAUCAGUUGCAAACAUGACGCCCGUCGCUCAUCGAACUGCGACAUUGGCAACACCGGGAACUGCCACACCCACCACAACCACCACCUCACGAAGAAAGCAGAAGGUCCCGAAGGGAAAUCAGCAGCAAAACGUCUCUGACCAUGCCAACAUUCCCGAUCUACUUCCCCCUGAAAAGCCUAAGACGGUCUCCGAGAAAAAGGAGCAGGAGAGUGUUGCUGAUGGUACUGCUGCUUCCAGAGACGGCAAUGGGGGCAAUAGGAAGGAUAGCAAAGGACCUCCGAAGGAACAAAAUGACGAUGAUGAGGAGGAAGAAGAGGAGGAGGAGGAGGAAGAUGAGCCGUUGAAUUCCGGUGACGACGUAAGCGAUGAAGAUGCCGAAGAACUAUUUCAAUCGGAGAAUCUCGUGGUCUGUCAAUACGAUCGUGUAAGUCGAUGUAGAAGCAAAUGGCGUUUCUGGUUGCACGACGGAGUGAUGAAAAUCAGAGGUCGAGAUCGCCUUUUCCAUAAGAUGGUUGUCGAGACAGACUGGUUAGUUGAUACGUCAUUUCGUCCUUGA